UUGUCAACUCUCACGUGCCGCAUACCCCUCUCUCUCUCUCUCUAUCUGGGUCACGUGACCGAGCGGAUCGCCGGAGAGAUGGGAAGAGCGCCGUGCUGUGAGAAAGUGGGGAUGAAGAAGGGGCGGUGGACGGCGGAGGAAGACCGUCUCCUCUCCUCCUACAUUCUCUCCCACGGCGAAGGCUCUUGGCGCUCCUUGCCCAAAAAUGCCGGGUUGAAAAGAUGCGGAAAAAGUUGUAGAUUACGGUGGAUAAAUUAUCUUCGGGCCGAUGUAAAGCGGGGAAACAUUACGCCACAAGAGGAAGAAAUCAUUGUUAAGCUGCAGUCGUCUUUGGGAAACAGAUGGUCGCUGAUAGCAAGCAAUCUACCAGGGAGAACAGACAACGAAAUCAAGAAUUACUGGAACUCUCAUCUGAGUCGGAAACUUCACAGUUUCGUCAGAAAACCAACGGUCUCUCAAGAAGUCGCCGCCAUUGUCAUGAACGCCGUCAAGAACACCCCUCCUCCUCCUCCGCCCAAACGCAGAGGACGGACCAGCAGAUCUUCCAUGAAGGUCAAGAACCCAAACCCUAAAAACUCCACAAGGAAGUCAAAGAAAGUCUUCGCUACCAAAACGAAGCCACCUGUUGAUGACGUGGAACCCGAGGAAAACGCGAAAACCAGCGGUACAGGAUCAAGGGUGUGCGAAGUGGGAAAUGCUGAAAAAGGGGAAGAGAGGGAAGAAGAUGCAUUCAUGUCGUUGUCAAGUAGCAGUGACUGUGGAGCUGACGCUUUGAUUGGCGUCAUGGCGGAUUUUGGACCAUAUGGAUACGGUGACGACAUCGACUGUGAUAACGACAUCAAUGGCGAAGAUGGAGCUUUGUCCUUUGAUGACAUAUUCGAUGCUUCUCUCCUCUUGGAUGAGUCCGAACUUUACAACCCAAAAGUCAACGAACCAAUCAGAGGGUCUGGAGAUGAGAAAGAGUCUGUUUCAGACCAAGAUUUCGCCGGUUUCGGAGAUCUCGCCGGCGGAAUAUGUAGCAGCACGAGCUCGUGGAGCGGAGAGGGUAUGCAGUCAUGUCCAUCGGUCGAAUCGUUUAUGAGCUUUGAAAAAGUCAACGAUGCAGCCGGUGAGUUCGUUGGGUCUGUUUCGGACCAAGCGUUCGUGGGUAAUGAGAAUCUCGACGGUGGUUGCUGCUUGAGCAGUUGGACCGGUGAUGCGGCGCUGCAGUCAUGUCCAUCGGUGGAGUCCUUGCUGAACCAGGAUCUGGUCAGCGACAUGACCGACGACUUCAUCGACUGGGACUCUGUUUUGCAAGGGGGUCAUAACCUUCGGGACGAGAAAGAGAGUCCAGAUUCGUUUUUGUCGUGGUUGUUGGAUGGUGAGGAGACUGCGUUUGGACAACUCGGCGACUUCGGAGAGCCGUUGGAUCGCGAGAAGGAAAACGCGAUGGUCACUUGGCUUAUUUCCUGAAUCCUGAUGUACAAAAUAUAUGGCCAACGUGUAGUUUUUUGUCCGUACGAAUCCACGUUUGGCGGUACGUAACGCGAUCUCGUCCGUACAAUGGCGAUCCUCGUGUUGUGUCAUACGACGUUGUGUUGGUGAAAAAAAUUAUGUUUUUUUUUUGUUGUAAAUACGACUUCUGGUGAAAUCUCAUUGUUCUUUAA